AAUAUAACUAUAUAUAUUCAUAUAUAUAAAAAAAACACACACACACAUUUGCACAUACUAUAAGUUGAACUGGUUAUAAUAUGGCCACAAGACUCGAUCGGUUGGUUUUAUUAUUAGACACCGGCUCAACAACUGCCGUUCGACGUACAGCUGCUCAACAGCUCGGUGAAAUUCAAAAACAACACCCAGGAGAACUUUAUAAUCUUUUAUCAAGAGUUGUUGUACAUUUAAAAAGUAAAGCAUGGGAUACUCGUUGGGCUGCAGGUCAGGCAUUAGAAGCAAUAGCUGCUAAUGUUCCUGUUUGGGAUCCGCCCAUCGAUAGUCCUGAUGCAAUUGAAGAUAACGAUGUUGACCAACACAAACUACAGUUUAACCAGUUUGAUCUUGCAUCCGUUCUUCAACAUGGCAAGCUAUUAUUAGGUUCGGCUGGUAAAGAAUAUGAUAUUGAUUUUUCAGAUAUGACACCACAAGAACGAUUGGAACUUCAGAGACGUAAUUUAAAAGAACGUUUAGGUCUAGCAAGUCAAUUUAUGGAUGUUGAUUUGGUAGAAGACGCUGAUUUAGAAACAAAACACAACAAAAAGACUGUAUCUAAAAGUCCUUCACCUUCACCAUCUACUACUACCACUACUACCACUACCACUACCACUACUACUAAUACUACUACUAUUUCACCUGCUAUUGCUGAAAUCAAUAUGGCUGGGUUAUCAGCUCGUGAACGAAACAUGUUAAAACGUAAAAUGAAAUUAGAGUCAAAGAUGAAGAAUAAAAAAGAAAAAGUCCGUGUACUGGAUUUGAAAGGCAAAUCACCAAAAUCUAUUAAAGUAGAGAGUAAAGAAGAAUUCGAAUUCACUGCUCAACCUCAAUCAGAUAAAUUUGUUGUAGAAGUAAAAAAACCUGUAAAUGAAAAUAAUCCAGAUGAGGUUCAAAGAGAUUGGCCAUUCAAAAUGAUUUGUGAGCAUUUAUGUUUAGAUUUAUUUGAUCCUGCUUGGGAAAUUCGUCAUGGAGCUGGUAUAGGUUUACGUAGUAUUUUAAAGGCUCAUGGUAACGGUGCUGGCAAAAGACUGGUAAAGGAUAAAAAUAAAAAUGAUGAACUACAUAAUGCAUGGUUAGAGGAUGUGGCAAUUCGUUUACUAUGUGUCUUUGCAUUAGAUCGAUUUGCCGAUUUUGUAUCUGAUCAAGUCGUUUGUCCUGUCCGUGAGACAUGUUCACAAACAUUAGGCGUUGUAUUGCAAUAUAUGACACCCAAUUCUGUACAAAAAGUUCAUGAAAAUUUAUUAAAACUCAUUAACCAAGAUGAUCCUGCUUUUGGCGGACGCUCGAUUUGGGAAGUACGACAUGCAGGUUUAUUAGGACUCAAAUAUACAGUAGCCGUCAGAAAGGAUUUAGUAGAACUGUUAGUAGAAGGUACUACAGGCGCUAUCAUUUUAGGUUUAAGAGAUCAUGAUGACGAUGUAAGAGCCGUCAGCGCUGCUACAUUAUUGCCUAUUACAGCUGAAUUUGUACGUAUGAGUUCAAAGGAUCGUAUUCAGAUUGUCAUGUCAACUUUAUGGGACUGUCUUAUCGAUCUAAAAGAUGAUCUAACAGCUUCUACUGGAGCUGUCAUGGAUCUAAUCGCAAAGAUGUUUGAACAGCCGGGUGUAAUGGAUAUGGUUCGUGAACACUGCAGUUUAUCAGAACUUGUACCCCGUCUUCAUCCAUUUUUUAGACAUACCAUUGCUAGUGUUCGCAUGGCCGUUUUGAAUACUUUACUAACAUUUAUUGACUGUGGUACAGCCUCUGAAUGGAUUGAUGAACGCGUUUAUCGUCUUACGUUUCAAAACUUGAUUGUGGAAGAAAAGUUAGAUAUUAUCGAAAAGACAUUAGCAGUUUGGAAAGGUCUGACGAUUAGUGGUAAAGUAGAAACAGCGCUUGUAUUACAGGGAACACAAAAUUGGCUUGGUAGUUGGUUUGAGAUUACCAUGACACCUAUUGGCCAGCCACUUGACACUGCAUCUUACUUUUAUAAACCUCCUGGAGCUUUUGGUAAUGGUGGAACAUUAGCCAAAACAACGUCAGCGCCUAUUAUCGAUAGAGCUAGUAAGAGGAAUAAAAGGGCAAAUACAAAUGUGAAUGUUGGGGAUGCAGAAACUCUAUCUAAGGACAUAGAUAGAGAAGAUGGACACAAUUUAGAUGCAGGUAUGAUUGCUCAAGAUUUCUCAUUGAUUACUACCGAACAAGUGAUGCGCUGUCGUGUUGCCUGUACAACUGCAUUAGGUAUGGCAAUGAGCACCUGGCCGGACGAUUCGAUGGAAAUGUCAUAUCAGGAAGUUUUAUUAAACCUCUUAACUUCUCAGUGGGCGCUUAAACGACAAUUAGGAGCAAUGGCAGUCGAAGAAUGGGCUAAAGCUGUCUUAAAAGCCCGUUACAAUGUUGAUCGUAUCAGUCAUGCUCCUCCAGAUGCUAUCUUAGCCACAACUCAUAACUUCCCUAAAUCACUCUCAAACGCCAUGAUUGCCAACUUGGAGAAUGCUGCAUCUAACACAACUGCGUUUUAUUUUGAGCUUGUUCAUGUCUUAAAACGUAUUCGAAAUGAAUGUCAAAAUCUUAUGAAUGCGUUCAAUAUUGAAGCAAAAGUACCAAUCGAACAUAUUCCUACUCUUCCAAUUUUAGUGCCUGGAGAGGGGCUACCAGAACAAGGACCAUUAUUUACAAUUGAAACUGCAACUAAGGUAGUAAGUGAGACUUUUGGAGCGCUAUUGGCUAAGGUGCCUCGUGCAAAAGGUCGAGCAGCCCUUAUAACUGCUCUGGAAGAACGUCAACGACGUAUAGUUGCUUCUAUUGGCUAUUUCGAAGAACUCAAACAAAAAAUUGAAAUCAACGUUUACGCAAGUACAGCAGGGGCAGUAGUUGAAUUGGGUGUCUUACCUACGAAACUAAAUCCAAUUAUUCGCAGCAUUAUGAAUAGUAUAAAGUAUGAUGAAAGCUUAGAAUUACAACGACGAUCAGCAGCUACUUUAACAGAUUUAAUUGCCUUAUGCGAGCGAUUUAAGGCACGUACAAACCCUAACGACAAAAUAAUUAAAAACCUAUGUACCUUCUUAUGUUCUGAUACAACUGUAACACCUAUUCUUCAAGAAAAUCAAACGAAAUUAGGUAUUCUAUCAGUUAUUAAAGAAGAUUCUGGAAAGAACUUGGUUAAGGAAGAACUCACACAAGAACAAAAGGAUGCUCAACUGAUGAAGCGUGGUGCUGAACUUGCUCUUAGUGAACUUUGUGAUACAUUUGGUGAUCGUGUUUUCGAUAUUGUACCUAAAUUAAAGGAAUGUAUUAGUCAGAGAAUUAUGGAAAUUUUCCCUGAAAGUAUGAGUGGUGUAGAUGGUGUUGAAAAAUCAGAUGAAAUGAUUGCCAAAGAUUUACAAGCAGGACAGGACGUUGUUGAUUCUCUUACUAUUUUAACAAACAUCAUUCCUUACCUUUCAGAAGGGCUUUGGGAACAAAUUGUUGAAAUUGUGCCUUAUAUAUGUCGAUCACUUCAGUCUUGUUAUGCUGUCAUUCGUAAUAUUAGUGCCCGCUGUCUUGCUGCCAUUGCCAACGUUAUAACGUCCAAGACAAUGCAAAUGAUUGUUGACAAUGUUGUGCCACAAUUAGGCAACUCUUUGAACUCCUAUUAUCGUCAAGGUGCCUCUGAAUUGGUCUAUCAUCUUGUUCAGCUCCUAGAUACUAAGAUUUUACCCUACACAAUUUUCUUAAUCGUGCCAAUUCUAGGUCGCAUGAGUGAUCCUGAUGAAUCAGUCCGUCUUGUCUGUACUAAUUGUUUUGCACUCUUGAUUAAACUCGUGCCAUUAGAGGCUGGUAUUCCUGAUCCACCAGGAAUGUCUCUUGAAAUGCUAGCUCAUCGUGAUGAAGAACGUCGUUUCUUGUCUCAAUUAUUGGAUAGUUCCAAGGUUGAAAAUUAUGAAAUCCCAGUUAAGAUCAAUGCAGAACUUCGAAAGUAUCAGCAAGAAGGUGUUAAUUGGUUAGCUUUCUUAAAUAAAUUCCAUCUUCAUGGUAUUCUUUGUGAUGAUAUGGGUCUUGGUAAAACUCUUCAAUCAAUUUGUAUACUUGCUGGAGAUCAUUUCCAUCGAGCACAAAAGUAUGCAGAAACCAAUAGUCCAGAAUUUAUAGCUGUCCCUUCACUUGUAAUUUGUCCACCUACCCUUACAGGCCAUUGGUAUCAUGAAAUUAAAAACUAUUGUGAUAAUUUAAGACCAUUAUUAUAUACAGGCGGGCCUGCGGAAAGAAAAAAAUUGCGCUCUAUAAUUCCUAAACAUGAUGUAAUAAUUAUGUCUUAUGAUAUUAUUCGUAAUGAUAUUGACGAACUAGCACGUAUUACAUGGAAUUAUUGUAUUCUGGAUGAAGGACAUAUUAUCAAGAAUGGAAAAACAAAAAUUACAAGAGCUAUUAAGUCACUUCAAUCUAAUCAUCGCCUUAUUCUUUCUGGUACACCUAUCCAAAAUAAUGUAUUGGAAUUAUGGUCUUUAUUUGACUUUUUAAUGCCAGGAUUCUUAGGCUCUGAAAAGAUAUUCAAUGAAAGGUUUGGAAAACCUAUUCUAGCGAGUAGAGAUAGUAAAUCAUCAUCUAAAGAACAAGAAGCAGGUGCACUUGCGUUAGAAGCAUUACAUAAACAAGUGCUUCCAUUCUUAUUACGUAGAUUGAAAGAAGACGUAUUACAUGAUCUUCCUCCAAAAAUUAUCCAAGAUUAUUACUGUGAGCUUAGUGAUUUGCAGAAAUCAUUGUAUGAAGAGUUUGCUAGAUCACAAGCUAGAACAUCAGUUGAGCAAGAUCUUGGAGAAAAGACUAAAGGAGCUACACACAUUUUCCAAGCAUUACAAUAUCUUCGUAGAUUAUGUAAUCAUCCUUCAUUAGUUGUAAGCGAUAAAUAUCCUUACUAUAAAAAAGUACAAGCAUUUCUGGAAAGGACAAACACAAGUAUACAUAGUAUUUCAAACGCACCCAAACUACAGGCUUUGAGACAACUAUUAGGUGAAUGUGGUAUUGGUGCAACUCCAUCUGCAGAAUCUGAGUCUGACCCUUCAGCUAUGGCUAUUGGCGCAGUGAGUCAGCAUCGAGCCUUAAUCUUCUGUCAACUCAAGCCUAUGUUAGAUAUUAUUGAAAAUGACCUAUUCAAAGAACUUAUGCCAACUGUGAGCUAUUUGCGUUUAGAUGGUUCAGUUGAAGCCAAUAAACGACAUGAACUUGUACAAAAAUUCAAUGCUGAUCCAUCUAUUGAUGUCUUAUUACUUACAACCCAUGUAGGUGGUUUAGGUCUAAACUUGACAGGAGCUGAUACCGUCAUUUUUGUGGAGCAUGAUUGGAAUCCAAUGAAGGACUUACAGGCCAUGGACCGUGCCCAUCGUAUAGGUCAAAAAAAGGUAGUCAAUGUUUAUCGAUUAAUCACGCGUGGUACCUUAGAAGAAAAGAUUAUGGGCUUACAAAAGUUCAAGUUGAAUAUUGCUAACUCUGUUGUGAAUCAACAAAAUUCUGGCUUACAAAGUAUGGAUACAGAUCAAAUACUAGAUCUCUUUACAGUUGGUGAUGAACAGCCCAAAAAGAAGUCUAAGAAUAGCGAUGUGGCUACAGAAGGAUUGGGAUCUGCAAAAGCUAUUUUGGAAGAUCUUGAAGCAUUAUGGGAUGACAAAGAAUAUAAAGAAGAAUAUAAUAUUGAUAGUUUCAUAAAUAGCUUAAAUUAACACACUAUAAUGUGUAUAUAUAGACAAUAAAAAUAAAAUAAAAAUAAGAAAGUAAAAGUAAAUAAUACAUAAGUAUG